AUGAACAGCUGCGGUGUUGGCACCGUGUCAGAAGUGGUGCUGACAGGUCUGUCGGGCAGGCUGCCCGAGAGCGGGGACAUCGAAGAGUUCGCGCGGCAACUGUUCGCCGGCGUCGAUUUCGUAACCGAUGACGACCGCCGCUGGACGCCGGAUACGUUUGGGUUGCCGAAGCGAAGUGGUAAGCUAAAGGACCUGACGCACUUUGAUGCGGAGUUCUUUGGCGUAUCGGACAAACUAGCAGACGUCAUGGACCCGCAGCUACGGCUCCUGCUCGAGGUGACACAUGAGGUCUUUGUGGAUGCCGGGCUCAGCCCCGCCGAGCUCCGUGGCUCACGCACCGGUGUGUACACUGGUAUCAGCCGCUCGGAAAAUUUUAACUUAUGGUGCAAUGACUACGACAAGAUCAAUGGCUAUGCUAUGAUUGGCGGCGCCAACGCCAUGCUCUCCAACCGAGUGUCCUACACUUUCGACCUAAAAGGACCGUCGGUCUCUAUUGACACAGGAUGUUCGAGUUCAAUGUAUGCACUGACGCAGGCUCUGAAUGAUAUCCGCGCGGGUCGCUGUGAGACUGCCGUAGUCGCCGGUAUAAACAUCUGUCUCGACCCAGCCUCAUCCCUUAAUUACCAUCGGCUGACCAUGCUCUCGCCUGUGGGUCGGUGCGCUGCGUUCGAUGAAAGCGCGAGCGGCUUCGUGCGCUCUGAGGCGGUGGUGGCCGUGCUGCUGCAGCGCAGGCACAACGCUCGCCGCCUUUACUGUACAGUGCGCGGCGCGAGCGUCAACAACGACGGCUACAAGCCGCAAGGCAUUACGUAUCCUUCAGGCGCCAUGCAGCGCCACAUCGCGCAAGAAACCUUAAAAGAGGCUGGCUUGCGCCCGCAAGACGUUGUCUAUGUGGAAGCGCACGGCACCGGCACCAAGGCCGGCGAUCUGGAGGAGGUGAAUGCGAUCGCAGAGCUGUUUUGCAACGGUCGGAAUACGCCUCUGCUGCUGGGGUCGGUCAAGUCUAAUAUAGGCCACACGGAGCCAGCUGCCGGCCUCUCCUCGAUCGCUAAGAUAUUGUUGGCUAUGGAGCGCGGUGUCAUUCCCGGCAACCUUCACUUUAAGAACCCCAAUACCAAUAUCCCCGCACUCAGAGAUGGCCGUAUUAAGGUGGUAAAUCAGAAUACAGCGUGGCAAGGCGGGUUAGUAGCAGUGAAUUCAUUUGGCUUCGGCGGUACCAACGCGCACGUAAUCCUCGAAGGCGGGCGCGGUACGCGGCCUCCGCCAGCAGAAUACUCAGCGCCGCGUCUCGUGCUCUCCUCGGGCCGCACCACCGAGGCCGUAGAACGCCUACUCAAACUCGCGGCUGAUCAUCCGCGUGACGCCGAGCUGCACGCACUAAUAGAUGCUGUGCACUCGCACGCUAUUCCCGGACACCCUUACCGCGGGUAUGCCGUGCUGGAUCCAGUUCCCGGCUCAGCGCCCAAGAAGGAGGUGUUCAGAAACCAGGGAGAACCGCGCCCGGUGUGGUUUGUAUUCAGCGGAAUGGGUUCGCAAUGGGCCGGCAUGGCACGUGAGCUAAUACGUUUGCCAACGUUCGCGGCGAGCAUUGCGCGCUCGGCAGCGGCGCUCGAGCCUUACGGUGUGGACCUCCAACACGUGAUCGCGGAGGCUCCGAACGCCGCCUUCGACAACGUCAUCAACACUUUUGUGGCCAUCGCGGCGGUGCAGGUGGCCCUGGUAGACGUCUUGCGUGAACUAGAUGUGCACCCCGAAGGCAUCAUCGGACACUCCGUUGGAGAACUCGGCUGUGCGUACGCGGACGAGACGCUGACAGCGGAGCAGACUGUGCUGUGUGCUUACUGGUACGGGCGUAGCACGCUUGAUUCUGCGCUGGCACCGGGCGCCAUGGCGGCUGUCGGGCUCUCCUGGGAGGAAGCCGAGCGCCGCUGUCCCCCUGACGUCCAGCUUGCUGCACACAAUGGUCCCAACAGUGUCACGAUCUCGGGCCCGUUAGAGUCGAUAGAGCGGUUCGAAAAGCAGCUUUCGGCAGACGAUGUGUUCGUGCGGAGGAUGGUCAAAACCUCGGGCGUAGCGUUCCACAGCAAGCAUGUUGAGGGCGUAGUGCCGCUGCUGCGCGCGCGCCUCCAUGAGGUCAUUCCCAAUCCUAAGCCACGUAGCGCACGCUGGCUCUGCUCUUUUAUACCGCAAGAUCAGUGGGGUUCAGAUCUAGCACAGCUGAGCGGUGCAGCAUACCACGUGAAUAAUAUGGUAUCGCCGGUGCGCUUCGCUGAUGUGCUGGCACUAGUGCCGCCACGUGCCCUAUUGGUGGAGGUGGCGCCGCACGGGCUACUGCAAGAGGUGCUGAAGAGCGCACUACCGAACGCAGCUCACGUGCCUCUCAUCCGCCGCCAAGCCCCCAACGCGCUUGUGCACCUGCUCGCCGCCUUGGGAAAAAUCUACGCAUCCGGCGCGCAACCCCGAGUAUCGCGUCUGUAUCCGUGUGUGUCGUGGCCCGUGUCCCGCGGCACGCCGGGGCUGGCGUCGCACGUCGGCUGGGACCACUCGGUCGAGUGGAGCGUGGCUGACUACAAGACGGCCGCUCGCGCCGGCGAGAACAUCAUCGAGUACGACCUCAACAAACCUGGUGAAGCUUACAUCGCCGGACACAAUAUUGAAGGCAGGAUUCUUUUUCCCGCCACUGGAUACAUCACACUGGCGUGGCGCACGGUGGCGAAGUUACACAAUUUAGACAUGGAGCAAGCGCCUGUGGUACUGGAAAAUGUGAAUUUUCGGCGCGCCACCAUUAUGUCGCACGAAACACCAUCGCGAUUCCUUGUUUCGUUGCUAGAUGGCACAGGCGAGUUCCAGAUAAGUGAAGGUGGCGAAGUGGUGGUCACAGGCACGGCGCGCCUUUCCACUGCUGCUGACACCGAGCGCUUGCCCGCCGCCGCGCUAGCCGAGGCCGAAGACGAGCUGGAGGACCUACCUGUACUCGACUCGGAAGACAUAUAUAAAGAAUUGCGCCUCCGCGGCUACAAUUAUAAGGGUGUAUUUCGUGGGAUGAAAUCAGCGGACGUACGCGGCUGUCGCGGUCUGCUACAAUGGGAGGGCAAUUGGAUUUCGUUCAUGGACACAGCGCUACAAUUGAAUCUUAUCGGCUCGAACACGCACGGCUUGACUAUGCCUAAGCGCAUGCAGCGUGUAGUCAUUGAUCCCGCUGCACAGCGUGUAGCAUUGACGGCGGCCGGGGCCGGCGAGGGCGCUUUACCUGUUCAACACUAUCGUACCAUAAAUGUCAUUGUCUCUGGUGGCGUAGAAAUCCGGGGUUUAGUUAAUUCAAUUGCGCCGCGUCGUACUUUAAUUCCAGUAACGCCCAAGCUUGAAAAAUAUGUGUUUCUCUCCUUGGACGGCGAGUCAUUCGAUAAACAGAAAAAUGCGAUUACCGCUGCUCUGCAGUUAGUCAUUGAGAAUUGUGGAGUGUUGCAGCUCAAACUAUCCGAAGUAGCGCUGCAGCGCCCCAUAAGCGCACUAUUAUUACCGCUUGCUAUGCAAGUUCUGGAGGUUGAGCCCAAGUUGCGCGUAAGCGCCACGCUCGUGGCCGGCGAUGACGCCGCGCAGUACGUUGCCGCUAUGGAUAUGCUGCGAGUUAAGGUGUCGAAUGCGGAUGUGGCAAAAGGCGGUCUGGAGGAAGGGUGCCACUUAAUACUGGGUGCCGAUGUGUUGGCACGACACGAUAGUGUGCUACGUGCCCUGGCCGCGGCGAGCAGUGCAGGCUUCUUGUUGCUGGAAGAACCCGCGCGCACGCUCGACUACCCCGCACAGCAAGCGCUGCUCGCAGCCAACAACCUCACGCUGGUGUCUCGUGUGCGCACCGGGUCCCGUGAGUACUUGCUGCUGCGACGCAGCGCGGUUGUGCCGGCGACAAGAGUGGUGAUUGAAGCUCGUGACGACGACUACGCCUGGAUGGAGCGGCUUAAGGUCGCCCUUAAACACGCUGAGACCGAGAAUAUACGCGUGUACGUGUGGUCGCGGGCUCGCAUUUCUGGUGUGAUGGGUCUAGGCACUUGUUUGAGGUGCGAGCCCGGCGGCGACCGCCUUCGCAUCUACUACUUGCCCGGAGCGCAGGACGCAUUCGACCCUGAAGCGUCGGCUUAUAGAAAACCGAUGUUGCGCGACCUGGCCUUCAACGUACUGCACAAGGGUGUCUGGGGCACUUUCCGCCACCUGUCGCUUGAUGAUUCUGCCGCCGGCGCCCUAAAGCAGGUGGAGCACGCGUACGUGGACACGCUGACGCGCGGUAACUUGUCGUCGCUGCGUUGGAUAGAAAGUGGCCUGGGACUAGAGACUGCCGCGCCGGCGCCGCGGCGUCCACACACCGCGCUGUGCCGCGUUUAUUACUCCUCAUUAAACUUUAAAGACGUUUUGCUAACCACUGGCAAGUUGACAUCCGUAUCAUACAAAGGGAAUUUUGCUGAAAAGGAAACUAAUAGAGUCGGCAUCGAGUUUAGUGGCCGCUCUUCCAUUGGCAAGCGCGUAAUGGGUAUAGUUGAACGCGGUCUUGCGACCACGGUAAUGGCCGACACAAGUUUUAUUUGGGAAGUGCCUACGCAGUGGUCGCUAGAGGAGGCGGCAACCGUGCCUGUGGCGUACGCAACAGCGUACUACGCGCUUGUAGUGCGUGGGCGAAUGCGGCGCGGUGAGACCGUGCUGGUGCAUGCGGGCGCGGGCGGCGUGGGUUUGGCGGCCAUCACCAUUGCGCUCCACGCUGGGUGCACAAUCUUCACCACUGUGGGGUCGCCAGACAAGCGGGCCUUCCUACGCAAACGCUUUCCGCAACUACGUGACGCCGACAUCGGCAACUCGCGUGACUGCUUGUUCGAACAACUGGUGAUGUGUCGAACAAGCGGUAGGGGCGUCGACCUUGUGCUUAACUCGCUUACGGGUGAUAAGCUGCAGGCGUCGCUGCGCUGCCUCGGGAAGGGCGGACGCUUUCUCGAAAUUGGCAAGGUGGACUUGAACGCCAACACGGGGCUCGGUAUGGCUAUGCUACUGAGCAACACCACGGUACACGGCAUUUUUCUAGACACUUUGUUCGCUGAACAUGAUGACCAGUAUGAGAGGGCGGAGGUGGUGCGCUGUGUGACCGAGGGAAUCGCUGCUGGUGUUGUGUGCCCGCUACCCGCCACCGUCUACGCCCACAACCAGAUAGAGCAAGCAUUCCGGUUCAUGGCUACGGGCAAGCAUAUUGGCAAGGUGUUGAUCCGCCUGCGUCAAGAAGAAGCGAACGGUAGGCCAGCACCGACGCGGCUGUUGCCCGCUAUGCCGCGCACUUAUUUCCACCCCGGAAAGAGCUAUGUGCUCGUAGGUGGGCUGGGCGGCUUUGGCCUCGAGCUGGCCGAUUGGUUGGUGCGCCGCGGUGCGCGCUCACUGGUACUCAACUCGCGCCGCGGCGUGCGUACUGGCUACCAGCUUAUGUGCAUCCGCAGAUGGCGCUCGGCGGGCGCGCGCGUUAUUGUGUCGACGGAUGACGCGACGACGGCUGCGGGUGCGCACGCGCUGCUCGAGUCGGCGUCUCCCGUCGGCGGAAUCUUCAACCUCGCUGUCGUGCUGCAAGACGGAUACCUUCAGAAACAGACGCCGGAUAUGUUCCGCGCCGUUGCAAAGCCUAAGAUUGACGCUUUACGCGCGUUGGAUGACGCGUCGCGGGAGCUGGCGCCGCAGUUGGAGCAUUUCGUAACGUUUUCGUCGGUGUCUUGCGGCCGCGGUUACCCGGCCUUGAGCAACUACGGGUUUGCCAAUAGCGCCAUGGAGCGACUGUGCGAACAGCGACGAGCAGACGGUUUGCCGGCGCUGGCGGUGCAGUGGGGCGCCAUCGGCAAUGUGGGGAUCUUGGCAACACUUGAUGAAGACGAGGUGGUAUGCGGAACUGUACCGCAGCCCAUCGCGUCGUGUCUGCGGAGCCUGGAAGCUCUAAUGGCACAACCGCACGCCGUGGUUUCGUCCAUUUUGCUGCCUAGCAAACUUCCAGUGUCGAAUGAGCCCGCUCUGAAAAAAUCCGCGCAUGACCUCGUGCAGGCCGUCGCUAAUGUUCUUGGUAUCAGGGAUGUGAAAAAGGUGUCGGAGACCUCGAGCCUGGUCGAUCUCGGAAUGGACUCGCUAAUGAAUGUCGAGAUAAAGAAGACCCUGGAGCAAAGCUAUGACCUGCAUUUGAGCACAAAAGAAAUCCACGCGCUCACUUUUUCCAAGCUGCUCAGCAUGGUUGGGGAUAGAAUAGAAUAGAAAGUCACUUAUUCGAUAAAGCACAUAUACAUAAUAUACACAGGACAAAAAGAAGAAAAACAAAGAAAACGAAAAGGACAACAACAAUGCAAAGACAGCAGACAGAAAUUAUACACACAGACAGAAAAAUAAAUUACACUUGAGUCCAGCAAUAUGUGCAGUAAGGAAAAGGCUUUGACUCAGCAUAUUGUCGCAAUUUGCAAGCGAGGCAAAAUUGCAACGCUGUGUAUUCUGCCAAGGCCUGAGGGAGUGACUUAAUAUAAACUACAGAUAAUGAAAAAAAAACAAUAAAAUAAACAAUAAGUAAAGUGCAAUAAAUAAAUAGUAAAUAUUCGUAGUAAGUACAUAUAAAAAAAUUAUUGGACGUUAACUCUGUGGAUAAAAUAUUACGUUUCUUUUUGAAGUGAAAACUUCUUUAGCGGCGCUGUGCACUGUUUGUGAUGGGGAAAAAAUGUUAAACUCGCGACAGGUCACGUGACCGACAGAUUGAAAAUUUGUAAGACGGACACGUGACCUGAUCGAAAAACUAUUACAAUGUCAUUGAGUUUUCACUUCUGCCGGCACUCCCGGAGUGCAACCCGUUGUUUUUUUAAUGUGGAGUGGUGUGUGUUAAAUAAUAGUGUAUACUGUAUACACCGCUUAAAAUUUUAAUGUAAUAAUUGUAGCUAGUUUCCGAACGAACCCUGUCACUCUGUCUCCCUCCAUUUUAAUUUAUAAGACGCAAUAUAAUGUCUUUGCUAACAUAAAAUAAAUGCUAAUUCUUAAAACCUCUGAUAUAUAUUAUUUAAAAACCUCUCAUGGUAUCAGAGCGUGGUUCAUCACGAGUCAAACAAGUAAAAACCGGGCAAGUGCGAGUCGGACUCGCGCACGAAGGGUUCCGUACCAUAAUGAAAAAAAAAACGGAAAAAAUGCAAAAAAAACGGUCACCCAUCCAAGUACUGACCACGCCCGACGUUGCUUAACUUUGGUCAAAAAUCACGUUUGUUGUAUGGGAGCCCCAUUUAAAUCUUUAUUUUAUUCUGUUUUUAGUAUUUGUUGUUAUAGCGGCAACAGAAAUACAUCAUUUGUGAAAAUUUCAACUGUCUAGCUAUCACGGUUCGUGAGAUACAGCCUGGUGACAGACAGACGGACGGACGGACGGACAGCGAAGUCUUAGUAAUAGGGUCCCGUUU